AACCGCCAGUCUUGUUGUGGCGCAGGCAGGAACAAGGGGCACAGAGAUCAGAGCUUUAUUACAGGCAGCCUGGUACUGAGUUAGUAUAGUUAACUCUUUCAGUGCCUUACAACACCCCCCCACCAUUGCACCCUGUGAAUCCACACACUAGCUAAUUCUCCCCAGUGUCUCCCCGAGUGUAGCUUAGUGCUCAGCGACAGAGACAGCAUCUGAGCCGGUAGGGUGGUCCAUCGUUUUUAAAAAGUUCUCCAAAACAGAGACAAAUGUGGUGCUAGGAAGCAGGACCUCUUGGAUUCGAAGACCAGCUCUGUUACUGAUGUGCAGUGUGACCUUGGUCACUUCCCCUCUCUCUCUACCUCAGUUUCCCCAUUUGUAAAAUGAGGUUAAUGAUAUUGAUCUACCUCAAAGGGGUGUAGUGUGGGCCAAUUAACUAGGUAACUUAUGCAGAGCGCUUAAAAAAUAUGCAGUUGUCACGAAUCUGAUCUCAGUGACCCUGUCGUAAAUCCAGACUGACCCCGCUGAAGUCAAUGGAAGCAGGGCCCGAUUCUGAUCUCAGUUACUUCAGUGUAAAUCUGGAGUGACUCCACUAAAGGUAAUAAUCCCAACCUGAUUAUGGUUUCAGUUACCCAGCGGUGAAUCCAGAGUGACUCUAAUGCAGUCAGUACAGUCAGGGCUGGAUUCUGAUCUCAGUGAUCCUGAUGUAACUCCAGAGUGACUUCUCUGCUGAGGUUAGAAUGUGUCCCACAGUCUGCUGAUUAAAUCCCCAUAUCUAUAACGGCACAGUCAGUUAAACAGCAGUGAUCCAAACCAGGCAUAUUUGGGAGAGAGAGAGAAACACCACACUGAUCUCUGGACAAGCGAUGUCAGAUGUGAGUAAAGUCACAGGCAAUACAGAGGCGAAAUUGCCACCGAAACAGCACCCUGAUUGGACAGUGUGAUCUCACUAAAAGAGCAGGAGUCAGGAAGUGGUGGAGGGUGUGUGGUGUAAUGGGGCGGUCUCCUGCAGCCUGAGUCCUUCCCGCUUCUCAGGGGGCAACAAUCUCUUUGCUUCCCGUGGCGCUCAGCACUGAACUGCAGUUUCCUGACUCUCUCUGCUGGCCAGGCUGAUCAGGAAGCUGCAUGGAGGCCCCUGGGAGAAGUGACCUGCUGAGGAAGCUGAAAGCCCUGGGCAAGGAGGAGUUGGAGGGAUUCAAGGAUAAGCUGAGUGAAGUCCUGCUGGAGGGAGGAUCUGAGCCCAUCCCCAUAACACCAGCUGACCCAGCAGCAUUAACCGACCUGCUGCUCAGGCACUGCAGAGGGGACUCAAAAGUGGUUCUGAAAGUCCUGGAAGAUGUUGAAGCCAGACUGCGGAAAGUCUCUCCCACAGCUUCCAGCCAUCCACAACAAGCGUGGAAGCCGUCCACUUGCACUAAAGCAGGAGAUUCAGGACCGAAGAGCCACUUCACGCAUUCAGGCGAUGAGAUUCCCCCUGGUGAAGGAGGGAUGCUAGCAUCUGCAAUUGCCUUCAUGAAGAGGCAUCUUUCCUUCACUGGCUCCAAGGCCAAAGCUGCAGGAAAACAAAGCAGGAAGGAGGAUCCCACUGGGGACAGCUGGGGAACGGACAAAUGCAAACUGUGUCCCAGGGAGGAGGAUCCUCCAGAAGAAAUACACCCAGAGAUUAUUUGGGGCCCAGAUGGGAACCAGGAGACGUACAGGGUUCACCUCCCCGGGGCAGGCUCGUUCCGUUGCUCUGAAACCGAACUGGGGUUUGACGUGAGGGCAGCCAUGACUGUCCAGUACAGAUACGGCUUCUGGGAUCAGCAUCUGAGUGUGUGGAGCACUCCUAAAUGGAUGAUCGCUGGCCCUCUGUUCAGCAUCCAGGCAGAUCCAGCCGGGGCCGUGGCAGCCAUUCACCUCCCGCACUUCCUGUGUCUCAGAGGGGCUGACACCUCCCGGAUGCAAAUCGCCCAUUUUAUCGAGGAGGGGAUGACUCUGGAGAAGCCAAUGCAAGUGAGGCCGUUCCAUGCUGUGCUGGAGAAUCCCAGCUUCUCUCUGUAUGGAGUGGUCUGGGGUAAUCGCUCCAAACCAUCAAUUCUGAUCCACUCCAUUGUGCUGCUCUACUGGGCACUCAAGAUGGCAAAGACGACUCUUCACCUCUACAUCAUCCCUAACGACCACUCCCGGUUCAAGGCCAUUGAUGACUAUGAAAAGAAGUGCCCAUCAAGGCUGGUGUCGACAUCUCUUCAGACCCAUAAGCCCCUGACCUUUGAUUCUCGUUACGUUGUGUCCAGUCAAUCAAACAUAGAGGUGACACCCAAGGAGCUGGAGUUUUGUAACAUCCAAGCAGAGUGUCUGCAGUCGUAUAUGGAAAUCUACACCAAGGACAUUCAGUGGGGACUGGAGUUCAGCUUAAUAGAGAAAAUCAACAAGGAACCCAUCUGGGAGGCACAUGUGAGACCAGAGGAUGCAACGCUUUCUGUGUCAUCUGCCCAAACUCAAACAGAUGAGCAUUUUGUCAGCCAGCACCAAGAACAGUUGAUCCAGCGAGUGAUGGCAGUGGAUAGCAUCCUGGAUUCAUUGUAUGGCCCCGUUCUGGACCUGGAGCAAAUCCAGAGCAUCAGAGCGGAGAGAUCCAGCAUGGAGAAGAUGAGGAAGCUGUACGAGCUAGUGCCUAAAUGGGACAAUGACUGCAAGGACCGGCUCUACCAGGCAGUGAAGGAGAAGCACAGACAUCUAGUGGAAGAGCUUGAGGGGAUAUAGAUUGUCCCUUGGGGGCAGCAACAUUCUAGUGGGGGGACAGGAUGUGGUUCAAGAUCUCCUCCCAAUUCCAAAUGACCAGCUCAACAGCCAGAGUCCAUCACCUGACUGACACUGUUACGGGUUAAGGUCUUCUGCUUCUUAACACACCCAGCUUAUUGUGCUAGGGUGAAUAUUUGUCUCGUGAUGAGAACAGCUAGGAUGUGGGAGUUGGGAUUCCUGGGUAGUGUUCCCGGCUCUGGAAGGCGAGUGGGGUUUAAUGUUUGGUGAGGGAGUCAGGUUGCCUGGGUUCUAUUUCCUGAGCCGAACUGGGGGGAGGGAAUUCAAAAGUCAAGGUUCCCUCAUGGAAAAUGCUCUGCUGGCUUCUCACUUAUUUAGGCUCCACUUCUUCAGUUGUCUGGUCUGCUGUGCUUUGAAGUCGCCUUUGAGACUUCCACAGGGGUCUGCGUAGGCAAAAGUAUCCACCCGAACAGAUCCAACUCCCAAAGAGCUCAAGUGCCUUCACUGACCGCAGGGGAAUGUAUAGAAAUGAUAUUAAAUCUCUCCUGUGGGGUGGGUGUGCUGAGAAUCCCGCAGUUUGGGGAGAUUAAAGUCCUCUAAGGUCCCCAGUUAUUUCCAGUGGUCUGUACCUAAGGAAAUUAUCAAAUGUGAGUGAGCCAUUUCUGAUGCCACCUUUGCUGCUGUCAACUAGAAUGACAAGGAUUUUGCAUUGACCCUCCCAGCUAGAAUAUCAGUACUUAGCGCUGACUGAACACCUGGAAUCCAAAGGACUCCCUGUGCUUUUGCAGUUUUGCAUCCAGAGAGUGGAAAACCCCAAUCUAUGUAAGCGCCAAGGGGGGUCUGAAUUGAUUGAACAAACUUUCCAGACAGCAAGCCUCUCUCUCAGAGGUGUCACAUUAGCACUGGGGGACUGGAGGCCUCAUGGUACUGCAAAUAGAGUAGAGUGAAUAAUGGAUUUUCUGGCUUGGGGCUGAACCAAAAAAUCCAAACCAAAAAAAAACCUGUUCGAUUUGAACAGAAAACCGUUUCUUUCCUUUUGUUGUUGAAUCGAAAAUAAUUAUUGUAGAAUCGGCUGAAACAUUAUGAGUCAACGCGAAACCAUUUUUGUUUGUUUUAGUCGAUUCGGCUAUUUCAGGUGUUUUCCACAUGUUUGUUUUGAAUUGACAAAAUUUGAAAUCAGAACACCUGUUUCUGAUUCAAAAAAUCUAAUCAAUUUUUGUCCAACGGAAACUAUUCAUCGAAUUUGAUGGAGGUAUAGGGCUUUUCUUCACAUGGCCAAUAAUCUUUCUCACCUGAGCAAUCACACGGACAUCAACUGCUCGUUUUUUCCAACUUCCACAUUCUUGGAAGGCAAAAGUUGGGCACCCUGGAGUAUCAACAAUCUCAACACCAUCUUUAGCAAUAUGUAUUUGUCUGGUGAAAUAGAUGCCUGGGCUGGAUGGCAUGUAGUGAAUGAGAUGGGAAUUUCAUGGAUCAUCAACGUUAAGGCCAGGAGAGACCAUUGUGACCAUGUAGUCUGACUAUUCUGUUCACAGGCUGGUGGUUUGACUCUGGUGACAGAGGUAGGAAGAAGUAUAAGGUCCAUUGUUUUCAAUGAAUGGCUUAUGUAUGAUUGUGUUCUACUCCAGUGAAAAGUGCUACCACAGCUCCUCCAAGAACUAAAAAUGGUGGCUGUUGAUUAAGGCAAGCCAGCCAGGUUGUAACCCCACCCACAAGGUUCCACCUUGCAGGGGAGGCUCACAAGUACUGGUUCAAAUAGAUUCUCUGGAGACCGACAGACAAAGAAAGGGCUUUUGGAUAAAUAGCCUGAGUUUAAACAGACUCAGGGCCUUCUUCCUGAUCCAGCAAACAGACAGGACCUUCUGUCCAAGGCAGACUCCAGUCCUUGCAGAAGGGUUGGAAGGGCUUGAUCUGCUAGGGCCCCAUAAGACAGAUGGGUGACCUCUGGUAAGCUUUUAGUGUGCGUGUAUUGUAUUGUUUUGAUAUGUUUUCUCUGUAAUGUUUUCACCUUAAGAAUAAAUGUGCUUGCUCAGAAA